ACUCGCUCUUUAGCCAAACCCUGGGUGGAGCUCUGGGUCCACAAAACUGUCUAACUUCCCCUGGGUCAGAUUAGAGCAGGGGUGCAGGAAGACCCAGGACAGGAGCAUGGGCCCCCGGCUGCUGCUGCCGCUGCUACUGCUACAAACCUGUGUCCCAGCCUCCUGGGGACUGCGGUGCGUGCAGUGUGAGAUAAAUCACAAGUGCACGGUAGAAGAGUGUGCCCUGGGCCAGAACCUCUGCAGGACCACACACCUUCGGGAAUGGAAAGAAGAUGAUGAACUGGAGUUGGUGACCAGAGGCUGUGCCCAUUCUGAGAAGACAAAUAGGACUAUGAGCUACCGGAUGGGCACCACCAUCAUCAGCCUCAGAGAGACUGUGUGCUCUACAAACCUGUGCAACCGGCCCAGACCUGGAGGCCGAGGACUGGCCUUUCCCCAAGGCCGUUACCUUGAGUGUGUGUCCUGCACCUCUUCUGACCUGAGCUGUGAGAGGGGCCGGGAGCAGGUCCUGCAGUGUCGCUACCCUGGAGAACAGUGCGUGGAGGUGGUGACGCUUCAGGGCCCGAAUGGAAGCAUGAAGGAUGAAAAUUACAUCCGAGGCUGUGGCAAUCUUCCUGGCUGCACAGUCCCAACUGGUUUCCACAGCAACAGCACCUUCCACUUCCUUCGGUGCUGCAACUUUAGCAAGUGUAAUGGUGGCCCAGUUCUGGAUCUUCAGCACCUGCCACCGAAUGGUUUCCAGUGUUACAGCUGUGAGGGGAACAGCACCCAUGGGUGUUCCCCUGAAGAAACUUCCCUCAUUGACUGCCGAGGACCAAUGAAUCAGUGCCUGAAGGCCACCAGCUCUGAUGCGUCUCCCAACUGGAGCUACACUGUGCGAGGCUGUGCGACUGCCUCAUGGUGCGAAGGCUCCCACGUGACAGAUGCCUUCAACCUGGCCUAUGUCAACAUCUCAUGCUGUGCUGGCAGUGGCUGCAACAAUCCUGCCCAAGAUGCCCAGUACCGCAGAAGCAGUGCCCCCCAGCCCGGCCCUCCCCACCUCAGCCUCCUCCUCUCUCUGCUCAUGACCCUCAGACUAUGGGGAGGAAUUCUCCUUUGUACCUAAGUCCUAGCCAGUCUCCCACCCUGGCUGGACCCAGGGACUUCCCUGCCACCCCUCAGGCCCACCCCUAAGGACUCCUGUGCCAGUAUGCUGUCUACUUUGGACCUCGGUUUCUCCAAAGACCAGAGGAGAAAGGCUGCAGGCCAGCAGGAGGGCUUUUGUUGUCUUAAUAUUGUUAUUACCAUUGUUAUUGUAAUUAUCAACUAAUAUUCAUAUAAUUUAUUUUAUAUAUAAUAAACUUUUUGUACAUUUUGAA